CUGCAGAAGGAAAAUGCGCAACAGUUUCGUUUCGGCUUCCGUAGAGGCCAGGAAAGUGUUUGUUUUUUUUUAUUUCUCGUAAAAUGAACAAUUAGAAACUUUCGGUGAUUUACAAUUGAGUUCUAAUUUAUGUAUCCGGUUCCGUGGAGACUUCGAAAUUUUGUGCGAUUGAUAAAAUCAAGCCAGAAGAUUUGUGUUAUCGUGAUAGUUUGCAUUCCAUUGGUUCUCCAUGUAGGUGAUUUUGUUUUAAGCACAAAGAAAGGAGACCGCAGAAUUCUCUAGCCAACCUUCUCUCUCGAUGUGAUUGCUUCCUCAACUACUUCUCCCCAUUCAAAAUAUCACGAAAAGCGAAUCAACCUAAGCUCCGUAAUGACGUAUACCCAGCCCUCUCUAACCUCUUGUUUGGCGCAUUUAAUUCUGGCAGGCGUAACGGGAUGGUCCCUAAAGCAUCUUCCCAGCAGCGGCAGUGCCGCCCCAACGAUUAACAGUGCGUUACCAGCGGACAACACAAUUCCGUUCAUGUUGAUACUGUUAAUUUUCCUACUAAGCCACAGCUUGCUGGGAAUGUUCCGGUACAGUCACCCGGACCCACCACAAAACUUGCGCAAACUUUACGAGCUGUCCGCACUGCUGGCUACGGUAUGCCCUCUGCCAUUGCUAAACACACAACUAUACCUCAAGUAUCAAACGAACGAAUCACAACUAUUAGUUUACGGAUACUUACUGACCAGUAUUCUGGUGCCUUUCCUGGCCGGAUCUUUCUACUCGGAACUGAGCCAACGACACAAAAGCGAGUACGUAACGACUGCUACAGCCCUCGUUAACCUGGCCACGCUGGUAUGGCUUUCGUUUGUUAACGAAAACUACUGGGGCAUCGGACUGGCGGUGUCCUGCGGGAUGAAGCACUUCUCGCUGCCAGGACUGGCGGCUCGCUACAGCGUUCCGUUUGUAGAUCUCUACACGUACGGGUUAGGAUUUUUCGAAAUCUUCGCCGUCAAUGUGGUUGUCGAUGCCGAUCUCUACCGCCUCGAGUUGGUCAUACAGUAGCAGGUAAAAAACUGAACCUGAAGCUCGUUCCACGACGUUGUUUAUAGCUCUAGAAGAAUUAAAAAAAGAUAAUCGUUAUACAAUUCCAGUAGUGAUAGGUAGAAUAUUUCAGAUUCUCUUUGCUAAAAGCUUUAAACCAGUUUCUCUACAAACUGCUGCCUACUGAAAGUUAAACUUUUGCGUACUUUUGUGAAAAACCAGCGUGGAGUUAUACAGAGAAAUUCAUAUACAAUAUAGAGUUUGCUAGAAUAAGGCUUCAGUAGAUGGUUAAUAGAAUAAAUUUAAGAUAUAUAACUGCUUUAGCUUGGUUAAAACAUAUAGAU